AUGAGCGCGCUGCUUCUCGCAGCGCAUUUAGCCCAUGGCGCCAGCGACCACGUCUGCGACAACGAGCCGCAGCGCAGCCUCCCGUUCUGCGAUCCAAUGCUGCCACUGAGUGCCCGUGUUGAUGACCUGGUGGCGCGCAUCCCGCUGCUCGAAAUUCCCGGGCUCUUGGGCGACAACUCGACGGGGUCGCCUAGCGCCGGGCUGCCACCGUACGGCUGGUGGAGCGAAGGUCUGCACGGCGUUGCGCUCUCGCCGGCCGUGCGGUUUACCGCACCCACGACAUCGGCCACGAGCUUCCCGAUGAUCAUCAGCGUCGCGUCCUCCUUCAACCGCACGCUGUGGCAGGCGAUGGGCAGCGUGAUCGCGACCGAGGCCAGAUCCUUUCACAGCGUGGGCCAUGGCGGCUUGACGUACUGGGCGCCCAACAUGAACAUCUACCGCGAUCCGCGCUGGGGCCGCGGGCAAGAGACGCCGGGCGAAGAUCCGUUCGUGACGGCCGCCUACGCCACCGCGUUUGUCCGUGGCAUGCAAGGCAACGAGCGCUUCCUCAAGGUCUCCGCGUGCUGCAAGCACUUUAGCGCCUACAGCCAAGAAGUCGACCGGCACUCGCUCAGUGCUACCGUGUCGGCCCAGGACGCGGCCGACACGUACUUGCCCGCGUUUGAAGCGUGCGUGCGGGACGGCGGCGCGAGCUCGGUCAUGUGCAGCUACAACGCCGUCAACGGCGUGCCAUCGUGCGCCGACAAGCGCCUCCUCACCGAGCUCUUGCGCGAGACUUGGGGCUUCGAUGGGUACGUCGUGUCUGACUGCGGCGCCGUCGACGACAUCUAUACGCACCACAAGUACACCAACUCGACCGCUGCGACGUGCGACGCGACGCUGAGUGCGGGCAUGGACCUCAACUGCGGCGACUUUGUACAGACCCAUCUGCCCUCGGCGUUGCGCCAAGGGCUCGUGCGUCCUGCGACCGCCACGCGCGCGCUCCAGCAGCUCUUGCGGGUGCAGUUUCGGCUGGGCAUGUUUGAGCCGUCGCGCACGCGGCCCUACCAAGACAUUACUAUUGAUGAUAUUGACACGCCGGCGCAUCGGCAGCUCGCGUACGAAGCCGCCGCGCAGAGCCUUGUCUUGCUGCACAACACGAAGCUGCUGCCGCUGGAUGUGAACGCCUUUACGCCCACGCACCGACUCGUGCUGCUGGGUCCGCAUGUGAACGCGACAAUUGCACUGCUCGGCAGCUACGCGGGCAUCCCGACCUCGAUCGCGAGCCCGCUCGAUGGUGUCGAAACCUUCGUGUCGCCGAGAUACCUUGAUGCUCAUGCGGCGUGCGCGGUCGAUGGCGGUGACGUCGACGACGAGGCAAUGGCACUGGCACGUGCCAAUACGACGCGUCAGAUUGUGCUCUUUCUGGGCUUGAACCAGUCGCUCGAAGCCGAAGGCAUGGAUCGAACGCACCUGCGGCUGCCCGACGUCCAGCUCGCGCUCUUCCGCGCAGUGGUUGCCGUCGCGGCGUCUCCCAUUGUCGUUGUGCUGCUGACGGGCGGCGCCGUGGACCUCGGCGAAAUCAAGCACCACCCGAGAGUCGGCGCGAUCUUGUACGCCGGGUACCUCGGCCAAGCCGGCGGCUCUGCGAUCGCAGAUGUCCUUUUUGGCCAAGUCAAUCCGUCCGGACGUCUUUCCCAGACGCUGUACUUCGCCUCCUUUGCCGAUCAAGUGACGAUGAGCGACAUGAACAUGCGUCCGACGGCGAGAACGCCGGGGCGCACACACCGCUUUUACAACGGCGACGUGGUCUUCCCGUUCGGUCACGGCCUGUCGUACACGACGUUUCGCUACGACGUCGCUACGGACGAUGAUGAUAAUGAUGCGACUGUGGUCGUGGCCGGCAACCGCUGGCGCGCGGCGAUUCGCAUCACGAACGUCGGCGAACUCAUUGGCGACGACAUUCUCUUGUGCUUUGCGUCGCCGCCAGGCGCGGGCGUUGACGGCAAGCCAAAGCAGUCGCUCGUCGCGUUUGAAAAGGUUGCGUCGCUCGUGCCGGGCGACGAGUACAUCUGGCACCUCGACCUCCCGCCGUCGGCAUUUGCUGUCGCGACGCAGGAUGGCAGCACCGAGAUCCUACCCGGCACGUGGACAAUCGCUGUCGGCUCGGUGCGCAUCGACGUGCAAGUCGUGACGCCCAUGCCCGUAGCAGCGACGUCCACGGCCUAG